AUGCCUUUCAUGAUGGAAGACUCAAUGGGCGGGACCAUGCAGGUCGAUCUACAUGACGUCGACGACCUGUUCGGUGAUGUUACUUUGCCAGCCCGAGCACCAAGCAAGCGAUUACUACUCAGACUAGAUGAGCUCCGCGGUCGGGGAUCGUGCCAAGGGCUCGCGUGGUCAAAGUCGGGCACGAUAGCCUCCAUUUCUCCCGACGGACAGUCACUGGACCUGCGAUAUCUCCGCGCUCAUCCCAAAGAUGCCACUUGGAGUCUCAGCGAGCCCACGUCUUGCACACCUUGGCAAGGCCCGCUCGUAGGACCGCUGGCACAUCUCUCCUGGGCCCCAACGCCGAAUCCUCAACUAGCUGUCAUAGACUCGGUGGGUAGAGUUUUGAUCCUGAACUUCAGCCCCAAUCUCAACCGGCCUUCGACGGCCCGCCGCUGGGAAACCGAUGCGGUCGACGAUCUGAACGCGAUCGUCGGCACUUACUGGCUCAACACGAUGCCGGCACACAAAGGCAUGGCUAACCCCUUGCAUGCCCCUGCCGUCAAACACGGAAACGGUUACACGUACGAGCCUUCGAUGCUCAUUAGCAAUAUGCCAUUUCACCCUAACCCAAGCCAGUCUGCCUUGCUUUGCGUCACUGCCAGCGGCAUGUUGAAAAUGUUCUGGACGCAGAACACCAACAAAAUCGAAGAGACAACGCUCGAGUUAGACAGUGUCGUUUCAGCCGACGAUCUUGUGACGCACGCUGCCCUAUGCUCAGACAGCAGAUCAAAGUCUAUCAUCGUUGCCCUUGCUACGGCAUCCAAGCAACUGCAGGUGGUGCGGGUAGUCCUCAACUGGAACAACCCGCCGCCGCAAGAGAGUAUGAAGGGCAUCCCUUCUGCAAGUCAACCGUUGAGCCCGACCCUGAACGAGAGGCUCGUGGCUGUCUCUACGUGGCUUCCGGGGGGGGGCAGCGAAUCUCACUUGGAUCCCUGCAUGACUCAACUCUCUCAUAUCGAGCUGUUGCCUACUAUGAUGGACCAGGUCAACCGGACUUGGCUUGCACCCGUCAUACUGACCGUACGCUCCUUCGUGCCGACGCCAGAAACCCCUUACAACCAAGAGGUUCAGAGCAUCAUUGAUCGGUGGGAGAUCGUCAUCGACCAGCCACAGACAGUCCACUCGGCUUUUGAGCAACUGGGAUCGCGGAGGAAUAGUGUUGGAUCCCAACCUCAAGCCUUUACCAAGCUUAAGAAGCUGGACACCAUAAUCAUGAACAAAAUCAUCAUCGGAAUUGAGGUCGUCCGCAUGGGCACAGUGGUGGCCUUCAUGUUUAGCGACGGGGCCGUGGAGUACCGAGAUCGCGUAACGAUGAAUGAGGUAUGGAACGCUGUCAACCUCGACCGCAUUAACUCGAUCUACGAAGCUGGCUUCGUUCAAAGUGGGGGAGAAACCCCGUGUCUCCAAACAGCACUCUCGCCGACCAAUUUCUCCCUUGUCCAAUUGGGCGAGGAUGGCAAGAUACAGUGGCAUGGCGUAAACUACACGUUAGGUGAUGUCAGUGCUCUGGAUGAUGCCCAACACUCAGCAGUGAUAGCCGCUUUGACCCUGUCUGCAGCUCAGGCAGCUACAUCGCACAGCAACAUCGAUGACAUUCUUGCAGUCGGCAGACGUUUUACCCACAGCCAUAGAAUAUUUGCUGUUGAUUGGGUGACGGAGAUGGUAAAGAUGAUGAGAAUAGCUGUAGAUUAUUCCGAGGAAGCCCCCCACGAUAACCUGGUCCGCAACAACAUGCUUCAGCUUUGUCUGAGCACACUGAACCACCUAGGCUGGAGAGGAGAGUAUCAACCCCGCACGUUCCACAGUAAACUCUCCAUGCUUGCGCUCAACUUGCGUAAUAUUGUCAUUUUGAUCACCAUCGCCAGCAACGGCCCAGGCAUUGCCAAGGACAGGUCUCCACUAGACGAGCCUGAGGUCGUCGAUGCCUUGGCCGGAUGCUGCAAAUGGUCCAUGGAUCUCCUGUGCUGGCUGGCUGACUCACUGUUUUGUCUGCUGGACGACAACAAGUUUCUAGAGUUACUCAACCAGCAACGGUUUUCCGAAGUGACUCCAUAUCUGGUUGGUAGGAACGAUGUUGCACUUCACAUGGUGCUUUCUUCGGCAACGCGCGGCCUCAUCUCAGCAGUCUGUCGCCGCAUCAUCCACCUGAAUAACCUCUCCCAACGCGCAAUCCAGUACUAUGAAUCCCGAGGCGCCGGUUCCACGAAUGAAGCCAGCUCAAAGGGAUCAGGGGCAUUGAUGAGUCUAUAUCACGCUUACCAGAAGAUUCUGGGCUACACGAGCACGUCCCUAAUCAAGGUGCAGGAGUUCGACCGUCUCCUAUCCACCCUCGGCGCGGACAUCCGCAAGAGCUACAGCUCGUCCUUUGCCAACCUAGCCAAUGCGCCGCAGCAGCACCAGAACCAGAACAACAACACCCCCAAGCCAGAUCCAGGCGAGGUACGGAUCAAGCGGGCCCAGACGGCGUGCGAGCUUACCUUGCUUCUCGCCGGGCAGCCGCCUUAUCCGACCUUUUUACCGGUGGUGAACAAGUUCUUCAAGGAGGACCUCGCCGAAUUCCGCAAGCACACGGACCGCGCAGCUCUAUUCUUCGGGGACUAUGAGCUGUUGGAGAUUGAUGACGAGUCGAGAGCUCUUGCGCAGCGCCGACAGAAGGGCGUGCGUGUCGACAUGUUCAAGCGCGUCGAGAUAUUUGGGCGCAAGCAUUCGAGCGUUCCCGAAGAAUUGCCGUUGCGCAGGUGUGCGCGCUGCGCUAGUGUCAUGGAGGAUAUUGCCAUGGUGUCUAAUAAACCUGGUAUCAACUUUGUCCUUACGCAGCAGCGGAAUUGUUGCUGUGGUGGUCGAUUGGCAGUUCUGACUAGGGGUGAGUUGGUGGGUUAG